AGUUGAAAGUAUCGAUAUUAAGGAUGCGAUAUUUUGCGUGUCGUGAGACAUCGAUAUAACGAGCAACCCUGAAUCGAUUUUUUCACUCGCACUCAAACAGCUGACGGCUGAUCAAACUUCAUUAAAUUGCCAGUGGUUGAACAUGGCUUAUAAAUGGACGAACAAAGAGACAAAGCUGUUGCUUACCCUCUACAUGAAGUACAAACAGGAAUUUCAUGGCCAGCCGAAGCGAAACACUGUGAUUUGGCAACACAUUGUCAGAGAGAUGGAGGAACAUGGCAUCUCAACCAGCUACAUAAAGUUGGAUCGCAAAUUUCGCAACAUGAAGCGGACGUAUAACAAUAUUAAACGAAAAAAUCUCAUGGAAGCACCGAACUGGGAAUAUUUUCAUACCAUGGAUGCGAUACUCGAUGGUGGGAGCAAUCAAUCCAGCGAAUGGAUGUCAUCCGAGGGCGAUGAGACCGUGUGUGAGGAGGAAAAAAUUGAGAUCAAAGCCGAACCAUAUGAUGUCUAUCCCCAUGAAAUGCUCGACGAAUCCAAUUUCGGUGAUAUCAUUUCGGAUAGAGCGACGACAACAACAGCAACGAAUGAAGAACAAGAUGUAGAUGUGGACAGCCCGUAUCUGAAUCUGGCAGAGGAAUUGGAAGUUCAACGGCUUGAAGAAUUACGCUCGAUUCGCAUAGCACUCAUCGAAGCGAAUGAUAUACAAAGACAACGCAAUCAACUUUUGCAGGAGAGAAACGAUAUGAUGAGAGAAUUUUUAUCAACCAGACCUAAAUAAUAAUUUCUUUAAAUUUUUGUUCCAUACAUUUGACAAUUGUUUAAUAAUAAAACAUAAUUCUACUCGCUUCAAAAUAUGUACAACAAUAUUGCA